CAAAUAUCAAAACUACAAAAUAUUAUAGAAAUUCUCAGUCGUUAUCCACAACAAGACGUGGCUGGAUUUCCACUGCCAGAGCAAGUUCCUAGAUUCUGUCUACCAAUGGGCGCCAUUGUGGAGUGUUGGCCACGCAAGUCUCCCCAUCCGCUGCCAAUAUUCUCAAGUUUCAUCCUCACUGGUGCAGAAGGACAGAAGGUAGGGACUACAAACUCUCUAUACACACUGGAACGCGAACUUCGAUAGCUUUUUUCUUCAAAACUUUGCAUGGCGUCAUGCACUGUAGUCGUAUCUGUAAUUUUAAUAACCCUUCUCUUAUGCUUAAAGUUCCGUUAUGGUAAAAUUAGUAUUUUGAAAGAUUAUCCAGUCUGAUCUAUUUAUAUUAAAAUUUUACAAGACGACGUAACUGUAGCUAAGUAAUUAGUGAGCAUGCAAUAUAUCAAAGUAUUCAAGGAAUGUAAUUAGUGUUUCUUUAGAAGAAUAUAGAAUAUUGUUCUGUUAGUGUUUUGAAUUAUUGUCUGCACCAUCUAUAACAGCUGUAUGCCAAGAUUCUAAUGUCUUUCUAAUUCGGGAUCCGAUAAUUUCCUUUUAUCUAUAUAUAUAUAUAUAUAAUUUUCCCUCUCUUAAAAUCAAUUUUGUGUGACAAAUCCCAAGCAUGUUUGGCUACAUUUGAAUUUUUCUCAAAUUUCUCUGUAUUCCUGAUAUGUUCUUUCUUCCUUGCCUCAAACGAUAUAGGUCUGAUCUUCGAAUAAAAAUAUUUGGUUAGAGAACGGUUGAAUUUAUUAUCAACCAAUAUAGCCUGGUUAAAUUAUCCAGAAACUCUGGUUAAAUUAGCUACGAAUGAUCAAAUUAACCAGGACUGUGGUUAAAUUAACCGAGAAGUUUAACCAGCAACAUUAAGUUACCCCAAACAUGGUUAAUUUUAGAUUAACCAGAACAUUUUUAACCAUGUUGUUUUUAGAGUUAUUUGGUUUCUUGCACUUCACUUGGUGGAAUAAAUAUUAGAAUGUUAGGGUUUGUAAUCCAAUUCUAAUAUUAAUUCCAUGAAGUGAAGUGCAAGAAACCAAAUAAUUGAAGUCCACCUUAUCACAACCCGCACACCCGAUUACCUAUAUAUACAUGAACUUACGGUUACAGCUCAACAGCUGGCCUCUUUAGCUCAGUUGGUUAGAGCGCUGCACCGGAAUCGCAGGGCCGUAGGUUCAAUUCCUACCAGAGGACCUUGUGCUGCAUUUUUCGCAAUCGUUCCUGGUUAGGUCUUAAAAUGUUAUGUAUAUAUACUCACUUGGAUUACAAAACAUUCUAAUAUUAAUUCCACCAAGUGAAGUGCAAGAAACAACAUUGAAGUCCACCUUAUCACAACCCGCACACCCGAUUACCUAUAUAUACAUGAACUUACGGUUACAGCUCAACAGCUGGCCUCUGUAGCUCAGUUGGUUAGAGCGCUGCACCGGAAUCGCAGGGCCGUAGGUUCAAUUCCUACCAGAGGACCUUGUGCUGCAUUUUUCGCAGUCAUUCCUGGUCAGGUCUUAAAAUGUAUAUAUAUUCACUUGUAUUACAAACCCUAACAUUCUAAUGUUUUUAGAGUGCAUGAUAGUGCAAUGCCGAAGUAAAGGCCCUGUCACACUAUUGCGUAUGACAGAAACGUAUGAGAAGCGUAUGAAAAUUAAUGAAAUAAUUUUCAUACGCACAAAAAUCCUUUGAAAUGCCAGCGUAUGAGUACCCUACAUCUGGCGUAGCUCUAGCGUAUUCAACGUGUGCCUAGAGUAUGCUUAUCGUAUAAACCGUACGUCCGAUACGCACAAAGUUUUUUAAGCAUGCUUAAAAAAAGUUUCUGCCUCGCCGUAUGCCAGCGUAUGUCACCGUAUGCGACCGUGCUUGAAACGUAUACAACCUAUGCCUAACGUACCCCUAGCGUAUGUCAGCGUUUUCCAGCGUAUGAGUGAUAUAUUUUUCAUACGCUGGCAUACGCUAGUACGAUAUGCAAUAGUGUGACAGGGCCUUAAAGGGUAUUGGCAACAAAAAUUGCUUCAUCUAUCUUAUUGCUUCAUCUGAAAGAGCACGAAAAAAUAAGCCGAUUGGCCGUUUAAUGCUCUAUUCUAUCUCAUCUAGUUCCGAAGUUAUACGCAAAAAUGUGAAAAUAUAAAUUGCUGAUUCAGCACAACGUGUGACGUCAUUAGCUGGGUAAGUAUGUUUAUUGAAUACUACACUGAAGCAUAGCUCUGUUAUUAUGGGCCCAAAUCAAAUGAAAUUUUGCAUACUGAUUGUACAUGAUGAGACGCAUGGAAAAACACUUCUAAUUUUGUUGCCAAGGUAACAAUGUCGUUCCCAGGCCCCUUGCGCCAAUUUUAUGAAACAGCUUUAUUCAAGGUCCUGAUAAAAAUAAAAUAAUAUCAGAAGUAUGUGUAUGAUACCUAUGCAUGCCAAAAGUUUACUUGCAUGAUAAUAAUACGAAAAUGACAUACACAUAGAUAAAUGCAACUAGUUAUUCAAAAUCAGUGUAAGAGGCCUGGGAACGACUGUGUUGCCUUGACAACGAAAUUAGAAGUAUUUUUCCCAUGCAUCUCAUCAUGUACUAUCUGUAUGCAAAAUUUCAUUUGAUUUGAGCCAAUAAUAACUCAGCUAUGCUUUAGUUUACUAUUCAAUAAACAUACUUACCCAGCUUAUGACGUCACAGAAUGUGCUGAAUCAGCAAUUUAUAUUUUGCACAUUUUUGCGUAUAACUUCGGAACCAGAUGAGAUAGAAUAGAGCAGUAAACGGCCAAUCGGCUUAUUUUUUCAUGCGCUUUCAGAUGAAGCAAUAAAAUCAAUAAAAUUUUUUGUUGCCAAUACCCUUUAAGCAAACUAUGCUCUUACUUCGAAAAAGAAGGUUACAAAAGUUCGUUUCGUUGAGUGUUUAGUGGAUAUAUAUUUUCUUCAGGUUUACGGUGCUGGAGUGACGUUUUUUGAAGAACUUCCUGAAGAUCAGGUGACCCAAGAAAUGAAAGAUCAUUUGAAGAUCUCGACAAAUGACGAAGUAAGAGAAUCCUUUCUGCGUGUAUGUUGAUCCAUAGCCUAUCGAAGGGAAGAUGGCUGUGAAACUCCUUAGAAUAAAACAAUAUAACUCAAUGUCUAUGUUAGUCAAUGUUUAUUCAUAAAUCUGGUUCUUCACUGUCACGUGCGUAUUGUAUUUUUGCCCAACUAACCAAUAGCAAUGUUUUAGGAAAUUUACCUAUCCGUGACUCGAACAAUUGAGAAAUUGCUAUUGGUGGUUAAUUAACCAAGAAAUUUAAGCUCGAAACGUCGAGUUUCUGCUUGUUUUUUUAAGGUAGUAAUAUAACGGUAUUUUACCACUCAGCGCAAAAAAUUUUUAACCAACCUCGAAUAUCAAUUAAAAAAUAAAUCCCCACCCCUGGUCAAAAACUUUACAAAAGGAUACCAUCAGUUGUCACACAUGUCCUUUACCACUUCUGUGACAUGAGUUUGAUAACUGCUUGUGCAAUUUCCUGCAGUCUAAAGUUUCAUGUUGUCUGCACAUGUACUUUCUUUGGAGACACCAUUUGCCUUCUGACAAAUCGGAAAAUGAUCAAGAUAGUGAUUCUGAUUGAUUGAUUGAUUGAUUGAUUGAUUGAUUUACAUAUUGUAUUGACAUAUACUGUUGAUAUUGCUUUUUAGUCUUCAAUAUUUGAGUGAGCCAUGCUUUGGAAAUGACAAUACAUUUUUAUUACCCAACCCUUGAGUUGUUUUGUUUUUCAUUUAUCUAACCUUUACUCACUUAAAAGUUUGUUUACCCAACCCUUUUCUCUUCGGUGCCACCCCCGCCAUAAUAAUUACCUCCGUUAGGGUAACCAAAGUGGUAAAACAGUUCCAUUCAUCUUACAUAAAUUUCUUGUUUCAGGAAUUAGCAGAGUUGAGGCAAAUAGUUUAUUCCAAUAAAUGCAUCUGUGUUCUAUCUCACUGGCCAUUCUUCGAAGCUUUCAAAAAGUUUCUGUCGUCUUUGUAUCGGAUUUCUGUCUCAACUCAACCUAUCCCGUUAGAGAGGUACAGGAAGCUUAUUAUUUUUAAAAUCAUUUUAUCAAUAUAUCAAUACUGCAACCCACGCUGACACCCGUUUGAAGCCUGUUUUGAAGCCCGUUUAACUGUUUAUACCAAUGAUCAGGGCAGAAGAAAAAGAAUUUUCUUCCUGGGAGCACAAUCUGGAGACAAAAAUUUCCUGCAGACCAACGGAGUAUUUUUGUGCUAAAUCUGCAUGUGCAUAAACAUAUAGUGUUCUAGCUGACCAUGGUUUUAAGGAACAAUGUCUGACAACCAUAUGUUGCGCCGCCCAUAGUGGGACAUGGGUGUUAAGGUUUCCUUCAAAUCUUCAAUAGCAAAUCUUCAUUUGAACGAAUUUCCUGCAGCUGUUUAACAUUUCCUGCGAGUAGUGCUCGCGUGCUCGCUUAUUUUUUCCAGCCCUGCCAGUAAUAAAGUAAUGCAGUGUGUCUUUCUUUAAUUUAGAUAUAUUUCGCAUUUUAUGCUGAAUGUUCCUUUUCCUUCGCCUCAAAGACCUCGGAUUCUUGUGCAGGUUCGUAAUGUAACGGAUGUAUACUGUAUUCACAUGCAGUGUUGUAAUGAGACUACAUCAACAUGUAAAUUUACGCUCGGCUAUAAGGUCGACACUGAAAUAGAAAGUUAUCGUAAUUCUCAAAUCAACAGCCCCCAACUAAGUUGAUGUUGCUGUUCCUGUUGUUUCUCUUCCUGUUGUUGUUAUCGCUGUCGCCAUUGUUGUUGUUGUUGUUGCCAUUGUUGUUGUUGUUGCCAUUGUUGUUGUUGCUGUUGCUGCUGCUGUUGCUGCUGCUGUUGCUGCUGCUGUUGUUGCUGUUGUUGCUGUUGCUGUUGCUGCUGUUGUUGUUGCUGUUGUUGUUGCUGUUGUUGUUGCUGUUGCUGUUGUUGCUGUUGUUGCUGCUGUUGUUGCUGUUGUUGCUGUUGCUGUUGUUGCUGUUGCUGUUGUUGCUGUUGCUGUUGUUGCUGCUGCUGUUGUUGCUGUUGUUGUUGCUGUUGUUGUUGUUGCUGUUGUUGUUGCUGUUGUUGUUGUUGUUGUUGUUGUUGUUGUUGCUGUUGUUGUUGUUGUUGUCGUUGCUUUUGUUGUCGUUGUUGUUGUUGUCGUUGUUGUUGUUGUCGUUCUGUUGUUGUUUCUGUUGCCAUUGCUGCUGUUGUCGGCGUUGGCGCUGCUGCUGGUGUUGCCGUUGUUGUUGUUGUACGUAAUUGUGUUCCCAUGAAUUAUACAAAUUAGGGUUUAGUGUAAUAAUGAUAUUGUAAAUUUAUAUGUUGUAAUUUUGUCACUGAAAAACCCCUGCAGGGGAGUGUCAAUAAAUUCAAAUCAAAUCAAACUCGACUAGGACUCGACUUGUUUAUGUCUGCCGUAAAUGACGCGUGUCAACUCAGCUAGAAUUUGUUCUGAUUAAACUCAUCAGCAAUAUGGUAGAACAAUGAAAGGGCUUAAAGAAAUUCUUCUGGAUACUGAUAAUAUCAUUUCUGACGCAAGUUGCAAGUUGUGCUAUUUGUGUCUCGUUACAGCAUCACCUUCAUAAAUACAGUGACUUCAUAAUUGUCUUGUACGUGUUUUACGUGCUGUUUUAACGAAUAAUACAUGUUGACUUUUUCAUUUGCUAUAUAUAGAUGAAUCUGUACGAACCUUUUGAAAUAUGUCAGCGAUAUUUUACAAGUUUGCCUGUCAGGUAAGAUUUAAAGACUGUGUUGUCAUACAAAGACUUCACGUAGUCUAAACUUUAGGGAGAUUUCACGUGGUCUAAACUUUAGAAAGUCCAAUGAUAAAGUAGAAAAUGACAGCUAGCAUUAGCUCUGCUAGGAUGUUAUUAUUUGUUUUCGUCCCCGUUUGUAUGUAUAUGUGGCUAUCAGCACGGUAACGUAAAAAAUUAUCAAACGUAUUAAGAGGCAAUUUUUUUCAAUGUCACGUAUUUACAAUGAAAAGUGUUCAAAACCUAAAAUCUUUUUGGCUUUCCUCUCAGAAUCACUUUGUUUUUGCUUUAUUCUCUGGUUUAUACAGUUAGCUACCUUUUUAAAUGCAUCUGCCGGUUGAGAAACAUAAAAUAAUAGUUAAAAAUUGUCAAUUAAAAUACAAUUAUCAAUGAUGCUUUAAAAUUGACGCCAUAUUUAAGCAGUAUAAGCAAAACUUACUGAACUUCAGACAUAAUUUUCUCUCUGGCGUAUCAUCAAAAAUCUAUUCAAUUUAGCAUUAUUUUACAGAUAAAGCACUAAACAUACUUUUUAAGUUUGUUUAUGAUCAGAUGAUCAAACUGAUUAUCAAUUUCCCAUUUGUAAUACAAAAUGACUGAAAAACGGCAAACUUCGCAAGGCUAUAUUAUCCGCAUUUUACAACAUUUCGCAACGAAACUUCGGAUUGCGAUGCUCUUUCAAGCUGUGAUGAAAUUUUUGUCCAGGCUUGUCUAGAUCAAAAUUUCACUUAAAAGGGGAAAGGUCUAUUAGCAAAGUUUGUCCUGCUUUACAUAACUUAACUCGCUAGUAUGUUAUAUUGAAUAAUAUUGAGAAGCAUAAGCAGACACAGGAACGGAACCGGGGGAGGGGGCAAUGGGGGCAUGUGCCCCCCCUACCUUUUUAAAAGUUAAAAAAGUGCCCUUUUUUCUGGGCUAAAGUGCCCCAUUUAAAGAACGAAAAAAGUAUUUCUUGAAUGAACGCCCUCUUUUGCUGGAACGAAAGUGCCCUUUUGGCAAUAGUAAAGACUCUGUAAAAGCCAUUUCGGACGUAAAAGCCAUUUCGGACGUUAUAUAUUCGAAAUGCAUCCUCUGCCUUUGAGCAGACAUGUUAUUUUCACGUUCUGUUUGUCCAAUUCACUAUAAUAUAACUAUAUCUUUUUUUGUAUAUAGUGGUGCAUCAUUCUCAGCUCUUCUGCGCUGGCUCGGUCCUGAGAACUCAAUCAAGUUAUUUUAUUACGUGUUGACUGAGCACAAGCUUCUCAUCCACUCACUUCGCGCUGCACUUCUUACCAGUGUCGCUGAAGCACUUGUUAGCGUAAGUAUCUUGGAUUGCAUUUAAAUGAGACUCGAUGAAUCAGAAUCCCAUACCCAAAUUCGUCUAGUUCUCUCAAUGAACUCUAUAAAAACUGAAACGAUAACUAACAGUAGGAAUUUUGCACAGGUAACUUCUAAGUUUUGAAGGAUUUGUAAGAAAUGUUUAAGGCAACUGACUUGGUGUUAAACACUGAGUCAGUUUCCUCGAUCGAACAUUUCUCACAAAUCCUUGAAAACGUAUGGAAAUUACUUAUGUAAAAUUCCUACUGUGAUAACAGAAACUUUGGGCGCUUUCCUGUAACACGGUCAAACCGGUCAGAACGGUCAAUUUGUUGAAUGAAACACAAAACAUUUGGGUUUCGGACCUAUCUGACUGGAAAAUUUUGAUAACAUUAGAAUGAGGUCCAUUUUCGCUAGAUAUUUAAGAAACAUAGACCAGAUGCAAACUAGUGAUGCACCGAUAUGGAAAUGCACCGAUAUUCCGAUAACUGAUAUUGAAAGACCGAUAUUUUGCCGUUAUACCGAUAUUCUAUGUCAUUUCACAAAAUUCAAAGAUGACAUCAUGACAGUUCUACUGUAAUACUUUUGAAUUUAAUUCAAUUCAUUUGUUUCUAAAUAUUGAAAAUAUCAAAUGAAAUGCUGCAAAUGCAUGCAACAAACUAGUAUAAUACUACGCCAGCGACUGUUUAUUUGUAAUAAAAAUAACUAUUGAACUGCAAUUAUAACCAAUCAUUAAUAUUUAAUAACAGUUUGUACGUAACAUCUGUAAUAUCAACAACAAAAUUACCGAUACCCAUAUUUCUAUUUUAGUACCGAUAAGCCGAUACACCGAUAUGGAUAUCGGUGCAUCACUAAUGCAAACCAGUCUGAACAUAGUAACAUACUGUAUUUUCAACUGCUGUCGUUUUAUAAAGAAGCGAGAAGACACAGCUGAUUUAUUCUCUUCCUUUAGAUAAUUUUUCCAUUUUCUUGGCAAUGUCCCUUCAUCCCACUGUGUCCCGUGGCACUAUCUGAUGUCCUUAAUGCUCCUUGUCCUUUCAUCGUUGGUAUCGAUUCCCGCUAUUUCGACCUCUGUGACCCUCCUGAUGACGUCAUUUGUGUUGACCUGGACACAAAUAUGAUUUCCCCGUAAGUAGACAGCAGUGUCCGUAUAAAGCCGGUUACAGACGGGCAAGUUUUCUAUGACAAGUUUUUAUGUGACAAGUUUUAUUUGCCAAGUGCACGUGUGUAUAUGCAACAAAUUUUAUAUGACAAGUUUUAUUUACUGGUGUGAACGUGUCAGAAAAAGGUGUUUAUGACAAGUGCACUUGUUCAAAAGCUAGCAUGCUUGCUUUUGAACAAGUGCACUUGUCAUAAAGAAACUUCUAACUAGAAAGAAACUACUAGUAGUAGUAGUAGUAGCAACUUUAUUUAACGAGGGUAAAACACAUUACAGCCGAAGGCUGAAAAACUUGUGGCCGUCACUAUACUAAUUACAGGAAAAUGCAAUAAAUUAUAUUAUACAAUAUACUUAUGCUAUGUUACAAACUUGAUAGCUAUAAAAACUUGAUAGCUAUAAAAACCUCACUAUACUAAGAGUAUUACAGGAUGAUUUACUAUAUUAUACACUUAUACUACGUUAAAUAGUAAACAGUUAAAAAUGAUCUAAAUCUAGAUAUUGUUCAGUUAAAAAUAUUCGGUAUUUAUUCUUAAAUGUACCUAUAUUUGAACAUGAUCUAAUAUCCGUAGGAAUGCUAUUCCACAGUUUAGCUGCCGAUAUUAAAAAAGAUUUGCCCCCUUCUAAUCCCCGAUUGUAUUUGGGACAAACAACAGUUAUUUUGCCAUAUCGUGAAGUUCGCGACGAUAUUUGACUAACUGUUACAAAUUUUUCAGCAACAUAAGAUGGGGCUAAUUCAUUUAAACUCUUAAAAACCAUACAACAUUUAUUUAUUUUGAGUUCAUCAGUGAAAGGUAUCCAUUUCAGUUUUUUAGUGAAAGGUAUCCAUUUCAGUUUUUUAUUUGCGCGUACAGACGAGCAAAUAAAACUUGUCACAUAAAAACUUGUCAUAGAACUUGCUCGUCUGUAACCGGCUUAACAGUAACCAUUGCUCUCAUAUCCACAAUUACCCAGUGCUGGUGACCCUAACUAUUUUAACCACUUGCGGAUUAGGCAAAUUAGACAUGAAAAUUGGUUUUGCCUUCUCAUAUAUUUGCAAAAUUUGAAGCUGAAAUGAUUGCAGUGAGGGUUGAUUAAGAUUGCGAAACAGAAAAUAAUAGUUAAAUAUUGUCAAUUUAGAUACAAUUAUCAUUCAUGCUGUAAAAUUGACGCCAUAUUUAUAUACAGCAAUAUAAGUCAAACUUACUAAACUUCAGAUAUCAUUUUCUCUUUGGCGUACAGCCUAAAAUCUCUUUAUUUUAGCGUAAUUUUACAGAUAAAGCACUAAACAUACUUUUUAAGUUUGUUUGCCGCUUGGGAAACGUAUCAAAAAUUUAGAAAAUGCAUGAAUAUAGUCACAACCAAGUAGAAAAGUAUAUUCAUUAGUUCUGAGCGCGUGUUACGUAACAUACAAAAGAUUCUCUUAAUCGACAUUCUAAUCUUAUGUUUUCUUGACUUAAUUAUGAAGUGUUUAUUUCAGCUGAUUUACUAAUAAAGAAUCAAAAACAGAAUGUUUUCCAUAAAAACCAAACAAUUUUGUGUAGCAAUUUUAUGUAGCGAGUCAAUGUUGAAUGAGGUGUUUUAUCCAUAUAUACAAAAUUUUGCAUGAUUUGCAUAAACUUCUUCCUCGAUUUUCUUAGCUAAAAUCAGUUCUUUUUGAAUAUUUCCUAAAACAAAACUUUUGAAAUCCUUAUGUUUCACAAGCUAGAAACAGCAUUCAGUUUGUAUAUCUGAUACAACAGGGCCGCUCAUGCUGUAUAUAUUGCUUAUUAUACUUUUAUUUUUGUCUUCUAUAGAAUAUAUGACAGACAUCCUUUCUCUUGGAAAUUAUUCCCAAAGGUGAGGAGGCCUUUUGAGUUAGAUCAUGUAGAAUUUCAUAUUUCAAAUCGAAAAUUCAGAAUAGAUUCCAAGUUCUAGUAGCUAUGUUCAGGGACG